ACACUGACGUAAUUUACGUACUUGUCGUUCUAAAGAACCAACUCCAAUUGGUAAAAGCGCGGUGCACACUGAAAAAAGAGGACAACUUUUCCUGUCCAUCCUUCUUCUCUCUUCAACACAAACACCAAUACCUGUCACUCAACCGAAUCACCAGGUCAAUUCCAUUCGACGGGGAAUGCAAUGAUAUCCAGGAUACCACUCAGCGCCCGGAGCGCUUGCCGUCAUGCUUACAGCACCCCCUCUCGACUGAGGUCAACAACGGGCCUCCUCUCCUUCGCCCAGUCGCAGCCUUCGAUUUCUCAACAACUCUCUACCAAUGCCCGCCUAUUUUCCUCAACCACACGCAACUCCUUCAAACAGACUUUUCCCCGCCAAAACGAACCCAACCAAAAUGACAUCCUCGAGCAACAAGCUCGAUCCGGUGUCAACCCGCCCUACACCACCCGCCCCCCUCCUCUCAACCUGCCCGAGCGCCAGCCCGACGCAUCCACCUUCUCCCACCUCUUCGCUACCGGCAAGGCCUACCUGACCUUCUACAAGACCGGCCUGCGCCAAGUCUUCACCAACUUCAAGCUCCUCCGCGCCGUCGGCAAGGGCGGCGAGGGCCCCAUCGCCCGCUCCGAGAACCCGGUGACAGACGCCGACUGCAUCGACGGCUACCUCCGCUUCCGGACGCGCGGCUCCCUGCUGCUGUACAAGCGCGUGAAACACGACCUCAACAAGCUGCCCGUUUUCGGCCUGCUGCUGCUCGUGUGCGGCGAGUUCACGCCGUUUGUCGUGCUGGCUGUGCCCACCAUCGUUCCCUACACGUGUCGGAUUCCGAAGCAGGUGGACAAGAUCCUCAAGCGGAUAGAAGAACGGAGAGCGGCGGCGCUGGAUGAGUUGGUCGGGGAGGUGUACGAGGAGGAUGAUUACGACUUGGUUCCCGACGACCAGGUGAAAGUGGACUUGGAAGGUUUGGAAGGUUUCAUCGAAGCCGAGAUUGAGGCUAUCGGGGAACCAAAGAAGGUGGAAGAGAUGACUGAGGAAGAGAAGGAACAAUACGAAAACGAAAUCAGGCAGUGCGAAGAAAUUAUCAAAGAUCAGAGGGAGAAGAAGGCAAAGGCCGGGCAGGAGAUAGACCCCCGCCCGAUCCGCGAGCAAGCCCAGGAGUGGGUAGACCUCGCCCGUGCCGACCGCGAGAAGUACGGGGAUGACCGUGUGGAGGUGGACGUCUUCCCCAUGACAGCCAGCGAAGCCCUCGACCACCUCGACCCCCUCAGCGACGACUGCGAGCAGUUCAACAUGCUGGACGCCCUGGCCCGCUCCUACGCUAUCACGAGCUGGUGGGGUCCCGCCGGAAGGGAACGCGGUGUGCACAAGCACAUGCGCUUCCUGGCUGUGGACACGGAACUGUUGGAGAAGGACGGCGGCGUUGAGGCGCUGGAGGACGAGGAGGUGCAGUUGGCGUGCAUUGACAGGGGUAUCGACGUGCGAGGUCGCAACAUUGAUGAUCUGAGGUAUGCCCUGGAGAAGUGGGUAAUCUUGACUCAUGUGCUGGCCAAAGACCGGGCGGAUUGUCUGAGGAGGAUGGCGGUGUUGGGGACGUGUCCGGAGAUCCUGUGGCCGGGUAUCCCGUGGCCGGAGGAGUCUGAGGAGGUUUUGGGUCGGGAAGGAAGUGUAGAGGAGAAGAGUGUCGAGGAGAAGGAGUAAACUUGAAGAGAAAGAUGGGAAAAUGAUACCCGAGAUAUGGCCUAUUAUCGCACUGGUCUGGUCUGGUGCUUAGGACAUGUUUACAUAGUGUAUAUGUGUGAUGAUAAUGAUAACCGCUGUAUAAAUUACAUACUGCGUCA